ACAGUUCCCAGGAUUCUUUGUGCUUUAACUUUAUGGUGUGUUUCCACAGCCUCAGGCUGCCCCACCUCGCAGGCUCCUUGUGAGGAUAAAAGGGCCUUGAGUUUCUUAAAGGAAUGACAGGAUAAAAAUAUUGCCAAAUAUUACCUGUUAACUUUCCAGUCUGGAGGGAAUUGUGAUCAUUUCUACAGCAGAAGAUGGCUUAUCUGUAAAUCAACUCAGACCUUCCCCCUUUCAGCUUCCAAGAUGCCGGUGUUCAUUCUCCUGAGCCUCCUCCUCCUCCGUGAUGUUGUGUCUGGUAGUCCAGCCCAGGCAAGUUCCUCGUCUUACUCCGGAGAAUAUGGCGGCAGCAGUGGGGAACAUUUUGACCAGUCCAGCAACCAGCUGGAUGGUCCCAUAACAGCUCUGAGGAUACAGGCAAACAACAAGUAUAUACUGAGCAUCCAGGUCCGCUACGGUGGCCUGUGGUCCAGGAUUGAAGGGAACCCCUCGGGGAGCCAAUCUGUGAUGCCGCUGUUUCCUGGAGAAGGCAUCGUGCAAGUCUUGGGCCGCUUCGGAAGCUUUGUGGAGUACAUUGCCUUCCGCACCAACCUCGGCCGUGUCUUUGACUAUGGGGCUGGCUCUGGUUUGGGGGUCCCCUUUGACGCUGAGCCUUUGUUCCCAAACACCGUCCUGCGCUACAUCAGCGGCCGCUCAGGGCCUUUGGUCAGCGCUGUUGGGUUCCACUGGGACAAAGAAGGAGGAAUUGGAGGGUGGGAUCAAUCCACUGGCUCUCCACACACCAAGAAUAACAGCCCAUAGGACAGAACUCGGAUCCAUCUGCCUUCAGCGUCUCCGUGGGUAUCAAUAAAAGCACCCGAGUUUUCUUGCCUUCCUCAGAGGGAUUAUGGGAGAAGGUAAAGCUGGAAGUCAAGAGAACUGGAAGUGAAGUGGCAGGGAGAUUCGUGCUAUAUAUAUUUAUAUAAAUGUGUAGAACACAUCAACCAAAACAGAAGAAGGAAAGAAGGAAAUACAAUACGUAUGGUAUUUUCUCCCUUAUAACAGGACUGUAUUAUUCAACAUUAGUAUCCUAUCCAUUAUGGAGCAUAUUGUGGUAAAUAACAGCCCCUGUUUUUUGUCUCAUCCCAUUGUGUCCAUGCAAUGAUAGCGGUUGCCAGUCAUGUUCCUUAUCACCUACGUACACAAUAAAACAUU